GGCGAGAUAGUCGCGUCGAUUUAAAGCCACGCGCUCCCAGCCUUAUAUAAGUAGUCCCCUCCGCCUCCCUCUACCUACCUCUAAACCCCAAAUCGCCGUCUCUAUUUCUCACUUCGCCGCCGCUUCACCGAUCAUGGCUUUGCCAAACCAACAGACUGUGGAUUAUCCGAGCUUCAAGCUCGUCAUCGUCGGCGACGGAGGCACCGGAAAAACUACUUUCGUGAAGAGGCAUCUUACCGGAGAGUUUGAGAAGAAAUAUGAACCAACUAUUGGUGUGGAGGUUCAUCCUCUAGACUUCUUCACAAACUGUGGGAAGAUCCGGUUUUACUGCUGGGAUACUGCUGGGCAAGAGAAAUUCGGUGGCCUUCGAGAUGGUUACUACAUCCAUGGGCAAUGUGCAAUCAUUAUGUUCGACGUCACUGCAAGGUUGACAUACAAGAAUGUUCCUACAUGGCAUCGUGAUCUUUGCCGGGUUUGUGAGAACAUUCCCAUUGUCCUCUGCGGGAACAAGGUUGAUGUGAAGAACAGGCAGGUUAAAGCUAAGCAGGUGACCUUCCAUAGGAAGAAGAACUUGCAGUACUAUGAGAUAUCUGCAAAGAGCAACUACAAUUUCGAGAAACCUUUCCUCUACCUGGCCAGGAAGCUUGCAGGUGAUGCCAAUCUUCAUUUCGUCGAGUCUCCAGCUCUUGCUCCCCCAGAAGUCCAGAUUGACAUGGCUACUCAACUACAGCAUGAGGCUGAGCUUAAUGCAGCAGCUGCCCAACCUCUUCCCGAUGAUGAUGAUGAUGCAUUUGACAACUAGAGUCCUUGUUAGGAAGUCUUUGCUUCAUUCAAUCUCCAUUGUUUCUUUUCGCGAUCCUUUUGGAAAUUUCUGCCAUAUAAGCAGGAUUUGGAUUUACUUCUCUUAUGUAUUGAAUACAGUGCAUCGUUUUAGUUAAGAUGUUACUUCGGCUAAUGUUAUUUAUCGUUUGUGAAAUUUUGUUACUGGUUUUAUCUUUUGAGUGCUCUCUAUGUCCUGUUCAAAUUUGCUGCAUCCCAAAUGAGCAGUUCUAAGAUUGCUUG